UAUUCCUCGCUGUAUACGCCAACGCAUGCGAAAUCACUCAAUUUCAUUUUUGCAUUGCCUACUAUCUCGGAGGAGUCAGCUUUCUGACUCACCAGUCUGCAAUUAUGACUGUUGGCAACUCUCUCAAAGACCAUAUUUUCAUGAGAGCCUGGAGGCUUCUUUGGGUAGCUGCUAUCUUUGGCUUCGUCAUUGCAUCGAACAUGCACAAUAUCAUAAUCAUAUACAGCGGUCGCCAUGAGCUGCCCACACAGUGCAUCUUAAAGGACGUCCCCCAUGGCCUUGAAAUAUCAUGGCAAGCACAUAUAUACAGCACGGGCCCCUUUGUUGUGUCUGCUAUCUUCUGGGCCUGGGGACUUUAUAUGGUGACAUGCAUUCUGUGCCCUGAAGGAUGGGACUUGCUGGGACGAUUAUUCACCCCGAUCGUGUCAUUCCUGAACAAAGCCUUGUCCUUUUUAUCACUUCCACGACUAUACAUGGCCACGGUAAACCGCUCUACUCGGAAUCAAGGAUCCAUUACCAGCUGGGCGUGGUGGGUGAUGAGCAAGAUCAUCUUCAUCCCGUUUCUUCUCUAUUUCACCAUGGUCCAGCUAUGGUGCUCUCAGUUUAAAGAUCUAUGGAGAAUCGGUACUUCUCUAGUUACCCUCACAUGCUCCAUCUAUGGCCUAAAGCAGUCCAUCGAGGGCGAUGAAUAUAACCACCUCCCUCAGGACGAAUCCGAUGAUGAUGACAACGCAUUAGGGUUCGGUCAGAUUAUGUCACUUCUCCUGCUGGCUUUGCCGAUGUUUUAGGUUCUAGAGCUGUGCUACGAGGAUUGGCGAAAGCAACGAGCUAGUGACUCUAGCCAGAAUGAUCAGCAUCAAAAUCAGAUUGG